AUGGCCUCCGCUCGCGUUGUCGCCUCCAGGCUCGCCUCCUCCAUGGGCACCAAGGUCGCUCGACCUGCCAUGCGAACUCAAUUGACCAGCGUUGCUGCUAAGCGAACCAUCAGCAAUGCUACUCCCUUCCAGGCCGUCAAGCGACAGCAAGCCUCCAAGAUCCUGAGCGCCACUACCCGCCAGGUUUUCCAGCAGACUCCCCGCCGAGCUUACUCCUCUGAGAUCGCCCAGGCCAUGGUCGAGGUCUCCAAGAACUUGGGUAUGGGUUCCGCCGCCAUCGGUCUGACUGGUGCUGGUAUCGGUAUCGGUCUCGUCUUCGCUGCUCUCCUUAACGGUGUUGCCCGCAACCCCGCUCUCCGUGGCCAGCUCUUCUCUUACGCCAUUCUGGGUUUCGCUUUCGUCGAAGCCAUCGGUCUUUUCGACCUCAUGGUUGCCCUCAUGGCCAAACUUAAGCAACUUAACCUCCAUACUUGCGGAGGCUGGGGUUCACACUACGGUCUGGAACGUGUGAAUGAGCAAAUUCGGAGUGAGGGGUACACCGCGAUGGUUUCGUGCCUUCACCGUGUUCAAUAG